AUGCGCAAGUUUGUGUUGUUAGGCGCGCUCUUUGGCCGAGCGUUGGCGACGUGCUAUUACCCCAACGGUAUCAACGCAGCAAAAGACUACAAGUAUGAACCAUGCGGCAACUCUACCACGACAUACUCUACAUGCUGCUACUUUGGCGAGGGCGAUAAAUGUUUGGCAAACGGCUUGUGCAACCAGCCAGGAAAAUACGACUACCGCGCUGCUUGUCAGAACAAAGACUGGUCGAAUUGCCCAGAAGUUUGCAUGGAUACGGACUCUGGUACUUGGUUCCCACUGCAGACAUGCGGCAAGAACAAAUACUGCUGCCCUCCAGCAGACGGAAGUGAUUGCUGCGACAGCGGCGCCCAGAUCUAUACCCUCGAAGCCCCCGAUCCUUCAUCCAGCACCAAGACGAGCGAUGCGACGAGUACUUUCCAAAGCGUGAUUCGCACGACAAUUAUACAAACUCCAACCUCAACAGCAAAUCGCGGGGAUAGCUCAGCCAAGAAGUCAUCGACUCCUGCUAUUGUUGGGGGUACAGUCGGUGGUGUUUCCUUUAUUGGGUUCUUGUUUCUUGGGGUUUUCUGCGUCUACAAGCGCCGCGAUCGUCCAUCUACUCCGCAUGCGACCACAGUGACUCCUGAGAAGAAAGAUGAUUCAAGUGGCAAAGACAACGCCACAGUCCAGGUCUUGCCUCAGAUUGGUGUUGCAGAAGCUGAGGGUACAGAGGGCAAUAGGUACACCGAGGUUGACUCGCGGGCUGUCAAUGGUACCCGUCCUCCACUUGCGUACCCUGAGGACGAUGGGAUGCCACAACCUGCUGAUGUCAGACUUCCUCAGCAACCAUACCCAGAGAACGACAGCAUGCCGCGAGCUGGGAUGGCAAGUGGGCAUGGUCUUCGGGGACAGGCUAUGAGAAGAGCAGGAAAUGCUUCAACUGAAGCGGAUUCUAACCCAAUAUUGCAUGCUGACUCGAAUCCUAUUCUGCAUGCCGAUUCAAACCCUGUUUUCCAUGCGGAUUCAAAUCCCAUCCUACAGGCUGAUUCCAACCCUAUCAAUGAAGCGCCUGAUGAUGCCUGGGUCAGGCCCCGUAUUGCGACCGUUCCGAAAGGCGCGCCGCAUGAACUUCCAUAG